AUGCGCUACAGAUUAGCAGAGAUGGAUCAGUGGGCAGUUGUUCACGAAGUCGUCUGGCGCCUGCAGGCACGUUUCCCGCCUUCCGUGUCCUGGGGGCCCGAGCUCUUCAACGCGGCAGAGCGCCAGCGCGUUGAAUUGCAACUAGAGAGGCUCAUACGCCAGAAACUAGACCAUCUGAACCAAAGCUCUCCGGGAACUAUCGAUGACCCUCCGGCGUCCCGCCCUCGCACGCGCCAAGAGCUCAUUCGCCUCAACUUACCCUCUCGCAGCUACGACAGCGAUCUACGCGAGCUGGGCGAAGCUAUGGCCGGAGUCGUCGCCCAUAGGCCGUCAGGCGACGGUGAAUACAGGUGCGAGGUUGGGGGAACAGGAAACGUCUGGUACUUGAACCGCAGCGGCUACGUUCUUGCCGUACAUGAGCACCCAGCAGUCGCUUGGGCAAGCUACCUGAGCAUUCUGUACGGCGCGCGAGAAGGCCACCGAGCUGUCGCCCCCGACCCCAACAAGAUAACGCCGCUGGACUUAUUCGUUGACGACGUAGCGUCUUGGAUUCCUCGCGCUCGGCGCUAA